AUGGGUAUUUGGUUAAAUGCUGUUUCGUUUAACAUUAUUAUUAAGAUGUGGUUGGAAAAAGGUGACUGGGAACUGGCGCGCCAAGUGUUUGAUGAAAUUAUUGAAAGAGAAAUUGAGCCGACUGUGGUAACUUACAAUUGUCAAAUUGGAUUUUUGUGUAAGAAGGGGGAUGUUGAAGGUGCUAAAAGUUUGUUUCAGGAUAUGGUUAGAAAGGGAAAGAAGCCAAAUGCAGUUUCUUAUGCUUUGUUGAUGGAAGGUUUGAGUUCUUUGGGUAAGUAUAAAGAAGCCAAGAAGUUAAUGUUUGAUAUGGAAUACCAAGGAUGUAAAACUGCUGAAGCGUAUAGGAUGUUAGUUGAUAUGCAAAUUGCAAGUUGCAAUCCUAAUGCAGCUACAUAUAGAAUGGUAGUUGAUGGGUUUUGUAAAACAGGAGAAUUUGAGGAAGGUUUGAAGGUUUUGAAUGCAAUGUUGAUUAGCGGGCAUUUUUCGCAUGUAGAAACAAUAAGGUGUAUGAUUCUUGGCCUGCUUGAUAAAGGGAAGAUUGAAGAUGUUUGCUUUGUUUUGGAGGAAAUGGAGAAAAGGAAGAAAAGGUUUGACUUUGAGUCAUGGGAAGCCAUUGUCAAGGAUGCUUGCAGCAAUAGUAUUGUUGUAUAUAGGCUCGUUGAUGAGCUUGUAUUUUAG